AUUCACACCGCUUGGGAGCCACAGGCAAACGUAAAUGAUUUGUGGAGCAGGCACAGCCGAAGCCACCAAAUGAGCUACGGUUUCAUUCCGCUGAAUUCCUUUGGCCAGCUUUUGUUGUUGCUGCAGGAAGAGCCGAGAGGAUCAUCUUUAUGGAAAACAACCAGCACAAAACGACGAGAAGGACGCAGAAAUCAUAAAGUGGUUUUGAACAAGUUAAAAAAGCGCAUAGGGAAAAGGAAGGAAAAAGCUCAGAACCAAUCUCAUUCAUAG